AUGUCCCGCCGUCUCUCCCUCCUCCUCGUCUUCUCCAUCCUCUUCCCCGCCACGCUCCUCGCCCAACCCCCAACGCCGCCGCAGCAGUGCCCGCUGAACUUCACCGCCCUGCGCCCCUUCCUCGCCCCGCCGCUCCCCUCCGACGACGCCUCCCGCUGCGCCUUCGCGCUCCAGUCCGUCCGGCUCCUCCUCUCCCUCCACCUCGCCGCCACCGGGUCCUUCCUCAUCCCCUCCUCCUCCUCCUGCCUCCCGCCGCUCCGCGACGCGCUCCCCUUUCCGCUCCCUCCGCCCGAUGCCUGCGGCCUCGCGGGCAUCGACGCGCUCCUCUCCGCUCCUGGAUGCGCCAACAUCUCCACGCGAGCGGAUUUCGAUGCCCGAGUGCCUGCCUCCGCCCGCAGGGACAUCAACGCCAGCUGCUACCGCGAGCUCGGCGCCGUUCCGGUCUGCACCACCUGCACGACCUCGCUCAGCAAGACGGCCGCAGCCUACCUCCUACCUGGAUCCCCCGACGGCGGAAACAAUGUCACCGGCUGCGUCCAGUACCCCUUCAUAUACACCGGCGCCGCGGCCAGCCUACGCGGCCCCGACGACCCGGACACAGCGGACUGCCUGUACCUCCUUAAGGCCAACUCUCAACCCUCCAAAGGGUCCGGCGCCCCUGCCUGGCUCUACGGCGUCGUCUUCGGAUGUGUCGCCUUUGUACUGCUAGUUGCUGCCGCUGCUGGUUCGUGCUUCUUCGUGUGGCGACGCCGGAGGCGGGCUGCCGCUACCGCACUAGCCGCUGACAGCAGGAGCAAGCGCUCGCAUGCAAUGGAGUCCAUCACCGCCAGCACCACCCUGCUCAAGUUCACCUACGACGACAUCAAGAUGGCCACGGGGAGCUUCGCUAGAGACAGCAUCAUCGGCCGCGGUGGUUUCGGGAAUGUGUACAAGGGGGUGCUCCCCGAUGGCGCAGAGGUGGCAGUGAAGCGUUUCAAGAACUGCUCGGCGGCCGGGGAUGCGGCGUUCGCACAUGAGGUGGAGGUGGUGGCCAGCGUGCGCCAUGUCAACCUGGUCGCGCUCCGUGGGUACUGUAUCGCCGCCACGCAGAGAGAGGGGCACCAGCGGAUGAUUGUGUGCGACCUCAUGCAUAAUGGCAGCCUCCACGACCACCUCUUCGGCGCCGGGGAGUGCCUGAUGGCGUGGCCAGUGAGGCAGAGGAUUGCCAUUGGAAUGGCACGGGGGCUGUCCUACCUGCACCGUGGCACACAGCCAGCCAUCAUUCACAGGGAUAUCAAGGCAAGCAACAUUUUGCUUGAUGACGAUUUUGAGGCGAAGGUGGCCGAUUUUGGAUUGGCCAAGUUUGCGCCAGAAGGGAUGACACAUGUGAGCACACGGGUUGCUGGCACAAUGGGCUAUGUCGCUCCAGAGUAUGCCCUCUAUGGCCAGUUAACUGAGAAGAGUGAUGUCUACAGCUUCGGAGUUGUGCUUCUUGAGCUUAUGAGUGGGAAGAGAGCAUUCAUGUCUCUCAGUGAGGGAGAGAGCUUCGUGCUUGCUGAUUGGGCUUGGUCAUUGGUGCGGAGGGGAAAGACGCUGGAUGUGAUCCAGGAAGGAAUGGCUGAACCUGGUCCUACUAAGGUCAUGGAGAAGUAUGUGCUUGUCGCAGCACUCUGCACACAUCCGCAGCUGCAUGCCAGGCCAACGAUGGAGCAAGUGGUGAAGAUACUAGAAGCAGAUUCAGCACCAGGGCCUUUAAUCAUUCCGGACAGGCCUCUCCCUGUUGUUGCAAACCUGGCCGAUAUUGAGAGGUCAGUGAGCAGCAGCACCGGCUCAGGUCAGCUGUUCAGUCCCUCUGGCUUCCGGUCUUUUAUUCAUAGAGACGAGGAUGCUACACCGGAAUCUCCAAAGGAAACAUAA